UUUUUUUUAUGUCAAAUAUGGGAAAAAAAUGCGUUAAUGCAUGAGAGAUAAAGUUAUGAAUGAUUUACAUAGAUCAACACAUUGGUAGGAACAUUUUGUUGGAAUAACGUGAUUUCGUAUAUAACAUACCAUAUAAAGCUUAGAAGGAAUACAUAUUUAGUAAAAGGAACGGGAAAUGUUGGAAAUCAUGUCAAAAUACAAAUAUGAGGGGAUUGUUUGAUCAGCGCGUAUUGUUGUAGUAAUCCGAUUUAAGAUGGACAUUUAUUGACUCCAAAGUAAUCAAUGAACGCCAUUACUUCGCAAAAAGCUUACCUGUAUGAAACGAGGGGAAGUGCAAAGGGAAGGCAGAGGCAAAGUUUGGACUAUAAACUUGAAGGUCGUCAUGCUACGCUCGCCUGUCGGGAUUCUGCUUCGCUUAAAGGAAAAUUUUCAUUAAGCAUAGGAAGAAAAGUAGAUUUGUCUAAAGAAAAGGAGAAAGAAAAUAGAAAAGAUGAACGUAGUGAUACUAACCCUGUGAUUUUACCGAAAUGUAAGGAGGAAACAUCGACCGAUCUAAUGGAAAAGUGCGAAUCAUCUUGUGAAGAAUCAGCUUAUCAACUCAUGCGUGAAAAUACAGAUGACGUACCAUUAACUGAAGAGCUUCUCAGUAAUGAUACAUCAACAAAUCAGCGUCCAACGAUUUGUUCAGAGUGUGCAGAAAUAAGUUUGUAUAGAAAAAUUGGACGGUUAAAAAAUGCAUUAAUUAUAAAUGACGAUAAGGAAUUAAAUCCUUGUGUUAUUUGUGAAAAAAAGAAACUUUCCAAUAGAAAAUCGGUGAAAGAUGAAAAAACUUUGUUGAUGUCGAUUAUAUAUCCUCAUGAUUUUUAUGAUCGAUAUCAAAGUGUAAGACGAAAUGUUCAAACACCAUCUGAUGACUUUGAUAGAAAACGAGAACGCAAAAGGAAAACAAUCCACCAGAAAACUAUAUUACCGAAACAGAAUGUUACACUUCCGGAAACCGUUAAUGAAGGGGAUAAAGUCCUCCUGAAGCCUCAUGUUGUAAAAUUCAAAGAAAAAGAGAAACAAAGGAGGUCAAGCAUUAUAAAUGUUGUAAAUCAUGAGUUCGAAAUUGAUAACAGAAUACUACCUAGUACUUUACCGCCAUUAAAAGUGACAACGCCAAUGCCUAUGAAACCUAAGCAUUUGCGAUGUAAACCUCAAAUGAAGGCUUACUUUGUCGCAUCAAUGACAUCUGAUAAUAUCAUAAAAGAAAAGUGUUCGUGGUUUGAUCAAAAGAAAUCAUUUAGAGGGUUUAUGCUAUCAAGGAGUGAAAAAUUCGACAGACCUAAACUAGCGGACGUGAAACACUCUUUAUUCAACGUUGGGAGCUUAGGAUUGACAAUUGGCAUUCCAGAAUACAACGGCAAAAUUGGAAACAGACAAACAACCACGAACAAUUAUCUCUCUCGAACAUUUACAUCUUUAACAAAUAUUAAUAGACCUCACAGUUUACAUACUUCUACGACGAAUAAAAUCCGGCCUCCUGGAUCUGUUGGACAUAGAAGUAUGCCUUAACAGUUUUAUUGACUUGCCUUUCUAGACGAAAUGACAGCUUUUGGAAGGAUAGAAAUGAACCACAUUUUAUUCUAACAUUACGUAAAAAUUUGGCAAAGAUUAUUUUCUUAGCAAAACAAAAUGUUUGAAAACCUAUUUGAUAUUGGUAGUGACACCCAUAUCUUAUAGCGUACUUAAUAUAUGACAGUUCAUGUAUAAUUUAAUAUUAAAUUUACUUGUUACCCAUUA